AAAAAAAACCCAAAUCAUUAUCUUUAUACCAAUUCAAAGUUCCCAUCUAAAAUCUCUUUCAAUGCACAACUAAUUAAGAUUUCAAAAUUUAUACAAUAAUCAUAUGACUUUCACAAAAUUGCAAAGGUAAUGGUAUUAAUUGAGUUGAGUUUGAUUUCCGCGAUCAGCAGAACAAACUGUUCUUUUUUGUGAAAGAAAAUUGCAAUGGCACUGCAGCUUGGCCCGAAGAUGACAAUUCGCUAUGCAGUGUAAAACGAGGUGAAUAGAUUUUCUUCCGUCCCCGGCCUUCCCCAAUCUCAGCCACUUCGCUUCCACUGGAAAGACCCAAAGGCUUCAAAGCUUUUUCGAUUUUUGGGCAGAAGCAAGAUCGUCAGCUCUCAGUUGAACUCUCCUGGUUUUGUUUAGUCAAAAUGAAAAAGGAAGCUAUAGCUGAAAAUCAUAGCACUACACUCCCAACAAAACUCCAAAACCAACCACACUCAAUCCCCAACAAUCUCCAACCCCAUCGCUUCCCCACGCACCUUGAUGCACCCGAUAUUUCCCCAACAGCCCGAAUCCUCUGCGACCUCCUCAGCCGAGUCUCUCCUCACGAUAUUGAAUCUGCGCUCUCCUGCACCGGUAUUACCCCCACUUCCGAGGUCAUCCAACAAGUCCUUAGCUUUUCUUAUAACCACCCCUUCUCUGCCGUCAAGUUCUUCCGCUGGGCCGGCCGCUUUGUCAAGCCCUCUGCUUAUGCCUGGAAUCUCAUCGUUGAUUUGCUUGGAAAGAAUCAAAGCUUUGAACCCAUGUGGGACGCCGUGCGCUCCAUGAAGCAAGAGGGUCUUCUUUCAUUAGCAACAUUUGUUUCUGUUUUUGGCAGCUAUUGUACUGCGCAUAGGUUUAGUGAGGCUACCAUGAGUUUUGAUGUCAUGGGUAAAUACGGUUUGCAACAAGAUGUUGUCGCGGUCAAUUCGCUUCUCAGUGCAAUUUGCCGCGAGGACAAUCAGAUGUCAGUUGCGAUAGAAUUUUUUGAUAGAAUCAAGAUGAAGAUCCCACCUGAUGGGGAUACUUACGCCAUUUUGCUUGAAGGGUGGGAGACAGAAGGCAAUGUGGCUAAGGCCAAGAACACUUUUGGCGAGAUGGUGGUCAGACUUGGGUGGAGUCCAAAUAAUAUUCCUGCUUACGAUGCAUUUUUGACCACGCUUGUUCGUGGGUCACAUGUUGAUGAGGCUGUCAAGUUCUUGCAAGUUAUGGAGGGGCAUAACUGCUCACCGGCUUUGAAAUUUUUCUCUAAUACUCUUGAUAUUCUCGUUAAGCGGAAUGACUCAACCCACAUUGUUCCCUUGUGGGAUACAAUGCUGGGUGGUGGGCUGGUGCCCAAUUUGAUUAUGUACAAUGCAGUGGUUGGUUUGUUAUGCAAUAACAAUGAUGUGCAUAAUGCCUUUCGGUUCCUUGAUGAGAUGGUGCUCCAUGGAGCUUUUCCCGAUUCUUUGACUUACAACAUGAUUUUUCAAUGCUUGGUAAGGAAUAAGAGGGUUCGCGAUGUGGGACGGUUCUUUGUCGAGAUGAUCAAGAAUGAGUGGCCUCCGACAAGUGCUAAUUAUGUUGUGGCUAUUAAGAUGUUGUUGGAGAAUGAUGACCCUGAAAUGGCAAUUGAUAUAUGGAAUUACAUGACUGAGAAUUGUGUCUCACCUCUUGAGGAAAGUGCAAAUGAAUUGCUCAUUGGGCUUUGUAACAUAGGUAGGUUGGUAGAGGUGAAAACGUUUGCCGAAACAAUUCUUGAUAGAAGGAUCAAUAUAUUUUAUUCAACAAUGGAGAAAUUAAAGAAUGCUUUCUACAAAGAGGGCAGAAGUCUUAGAGAUAAGUAUGAUAGUCUUUCAAGGAGAUGGAAAGCUAUGCAGAUGUAACGGUUUAAACUUCUUGUCACAUAUUUCUAUAUAGAAGCUUCUCCAUUGCAUCUUUGCUCUCGUUUUGAUAACAUGUAGAGCUGUGCUAGUCUAAUAUGAAAUAAUUUUUUUUUCUAGUAAAAGCAGCUUGUGCUAUUUUUUUAUGAUAUGUCGUUGUCUACAUUGUGAUGUGGCAAUCACUCUCUUUUCCCAAGUAUAAUGCCUUCUUGGUUGUUUUCUUUUUCUUCCUUUGUCCUGUCUUUUGUUUGAUUUCAAAAUCACUUGUAGUCUUGAUUGAAGUUUGGAUGUGUGACCCAAAUGAAUUUUGAGCAUCGGGAUAUCUUAUUGCAUGGAAAUGCAAUCACCAAGAUAACUAGAUAAGUAAGUCAACCCUUCUUUUUUUGUCGUAAUAUUUGCCCAAUCAAGUUUAUCAAAU